AUGAAUGCAUCUAGAUACACUGGUCAGAAGCAUUCGUCUGAAGAAGUCUCCUCUUGCGAAGAAACACUCUCACCCCCUCUCUCUCUCUCUCUCUCUCUCUCUCUCUCUUUAAUCUCUCCUAUUUCAAGAGAAUAUCUAUCUAUCUAUCUAUCUAUCUAUCUAUCUAUCUAUCUAUCUAUCCCAAUUAUUUAUAUCUAUUUAACUAUCUACCUACCUACCUAUCUAUCUAUCUAUCUAUCUAUCUAUCUAUCUAUCUAUCUAUCUAUCUUAUCCAAUCUGUUCAUACCUAUCUAUUUAAUCAUCUUUCUCAUUCCUGAACUUUUUGGCUUUUCUCUGUCUUUUCGCUCUUUAUUCUCUAACCUUAUCUAUCUAUCUAUCUAUCUAUCUAUCUAUUUCACUUUGUUCUUAUCUAGCUUUUUCAAUCUAUUCUUAUUUGUCUAUAUCUUACUAAUUUAUGUCAGUCCUUAUCUAUCUAUCUAUCUAUCUAUCUAUCUAUCUAUCUAUCUAUCUCACUCUCCAUUUCAGUCUGUUUUUAUGUUUUUUUUAUAUCAAUCAAUGGUAAUUUGUCAGUCCAUUCUUAUCUAUGUAAUUCUGUUUAUAUUUAUAUAUCUAUUUAAUCCCAAUCUAUCUAUCUAUCUAUCUAUCUAUCUCUGUUUUCCUCUUAUUAUCUCAGUUUGUUCUUAUCUAUCUCGAUACCUACCUACUUACAUAGUUAGCUCUCGGAUUUUUCCGUAUUGUUGUCUAAUUUAUAUGUAUGCAAAGAUUUCUGAUACGGCGUACAGCCCUUGUUCAACCAUUAGUUCACUUUUUCCUUUGGAAAAAAUCAUAUUCAUCUUUUGCCUUCCUUAUGCAUCCCUGUGUUUCCCAGUGUUUACGUAUGCUUCUUUGCAUUUCUUAUUUAAUUUAUAUUCAUUUGUACAUUUCAGAAUGUGUAGAUAUAUGUAG